AUCUUCACAACCUGCAUCGUAUUACCGCACCUCGAUGUGAUUCCAUCGCAACCAGAUCAUCACGCUUCGUUGAUAGCAACAACAGGACCUUGAUUUUCUCCUCGUACUCCUCUUUCACUUUUGUGGGAUAAAAGUUCUUCCUCUGAAGUCCCUACAACAUUCAUCUAUUCCUCUACGGAGUGGGUCAUCCUCACGCUUCAUACUCCAGGUUGACACUUCAAUUCAGCGACAGACGGGCCAAUAAAAACCAUGGCUGUUUCUCGGACCCCGAUUUCCCACUCACAGCGCGUCGGGCUGCGCCGAUACUACCAGACAACGAAUCCGAAGCCUACUCAGUCUGAUUUAAGAGCAUGGUUUAAGUCUCGAUUCGGCUACGAUAUUAGUCAGUCCAUUGUCAGUAAAAGCCUCAGCGACAGCUUCGCUUAUCUUGAUGUAUGUGUUGCGUCAGACUCCGAAUAUCGAACACGGAAUUGCCAAUGGCCUUGGAUAGAGACUUUGCUCACAAAUUGGCUUCGAGAAGCGGAGGCUCUGUCUGGUAAAAUCUCAAACAAAAUCAUCGGACGUAAAGCCAAGCAGCUAUGGGAUCAAUCAGACGAGUCUCAGGGUCUAGCGACGCCAAAAUUUUCUACCGGCUGGGUUAUGAAAUUCAGACGAAGACACGAGAUGACGCUUCAACCUCUCCCAGAACAAGAAGUGACACCAGACCAUUCAUCGGGCGAAAAUUCUUUUGCGCCGUCACAUAGAAGCUCUGCGGAGACACCCAAGCAAGCUUUAGUCUCAUUUUCGCCCCAAUCAGAGGCAUUAAUAACGAUCUCUUCUACAAACAACCCCAGCCUCGAUUCCGAAAUUAACGCAUCAGCAAUGCCCACAAUCUCCUCUGAUCACCUCAUCCACCUUGUUCAACACAACUCUUAUCGGGCGUUAAUGUCUAAUAAGUCGCUGCUACUUACAACAUCGCUCAUUUUCGAGGCAUCAAAUCUCACAGCAACUAUCAAGCAGUUCGCUACUACGGUUUGUGGCGGCCUAACAGUCAUCUACCCCCUUGUAGGCCAAAUUAUCCCUGAUACGCUAUAUCCGACACAAUUACAGAUGAAUUGCGCCCACACGGGCUUGAUCAAUAUGUUUCCUUUCCCCAAGUUUCGAGAUAAUCUCAUCGAGAAAGGUGUGGAUUUCGUGCCUGAAGAAAUGUGCCGGGACCUCUUUGGGGAUAUAUUUCCAGAUUAUAUUACUCCAAUACCCGAUGCUGAUGAAUGUACACUAAAUAUGCAUGAAGUUUUAUCAGUGCCGUCAUCUGUCGAGAAUGGCGGUUCUGGCAUCGAGGAUUUCGAAGAUCAGGAUGAUUAUACAGCUGGGCGUAAAUGUCUGAUUACCUGGGGUGACCCAUGGAGAGUAGAAAGCUGGGAGGUCACGCCCGGCUUUAUAAGGAAAUGGGGCUGGUCACUAGAAGGAUGUGAUGAUUUGAUUCAAUCAAGUAAUCGAUGGCGUGCGCUAAGAAAUGAGAGGCCGAUAACGUGGAUUUCACGUAUUUAGAAACUCGACAGUUGAAGUCUUUUAGAUAUUAAUCGAAAAGCAAUCUACUGGGACUUGUUUCAUAUAUUCCUGGAUUAUAGAAAAAGAAUCCUUCUACUGAUCGACUAUCUACCCACCAGACCCUACCAUCUUCAACGGACCA